AUGGGGAUCCCUCACUUAACCAGGCACCUGCUUCCAUAUGCCGAAAGUGUCUUGUUAGAUGGGAGGGAAAUCGAUUCAGGACUUCCGCGAGUCCAAGCCGUUGUCAUUGACGGACCCAGUCUAGUAUACCAUGUCUACCGUCGACUCCUGGGCUGGAUGGAUCCAAGCAGUGAUGUCCUUGAUUACCAGCCAACCUGCGACGAGAUCAGUCGUGGGGUCACCAGCUUCCUUCUCCAAUUAACCGAACUGGGAGUUGAAAUACAUAAGAUAUGCUUCGACGGUGCCUUGCCUGUCUCCAAGCGAAAAAUCCGCUUUUCCAGAAUUGAAAAAUUACGACAUCGACUAGAACUGGCUCGCCGAAACCUGUCUCUGCCUGCAACGCCCAAAUGUCGCGAUGUGAUCCCGACUAAACGAGGACAGGUCUGGUGCAGUCGAGGCUUACCUCAGCGACGAAAAGGCCUUCCGGAGAAUCCUUUCAUGGUAUCGGCGGUCUUUGAGGACUUGCGGAACCGAUGGAGCAAGGAACAGAUCCGGAAAGAGAUUGAUGAUGAUAUCAGCUGUCUUGUCGGCGAUACUGAUUACCCCUGGGCGGAAAUCACCGUCAUGGUGCCAGGAGAAGCUGAUGUGGAGUGUGCCCGUGUGGCAAAACUUACCGGUUGCGCAGUGUUGACAGAUGAUUCGGAUCUACUGCUUCACGAUCUUGGUCAGCAUGGCGCGGUCUUGUUUUUAGACUCGGUGCAAACGUCCUCGGGCGUCUGGGAUCCGGCCGAGCCAGAUAUUCGGGGGCUGAGAAUCUGUCCCCAUUCGCUAUCUGGCCGAUUGGGGAUCCCAAGCGUUCAGUGGUUUGCUUACGAAUUGCAAAGAAAUGUUCACCUGCGUUUUGCUGAACUUACCCGGAUAUCUAAGGAGAGCAGUAAGGCGACUGAGCUCUCCUCUGAAUAUCUGGAGUUUCUUCGAGAAUAUCAACACGAGACCACAGGUAAUGAGGUAAUACGUGGAUCAGGGCAGUCUGCACAACCAUUGGAUCCGAGGGUAUCAGAGUUAUUUUGGCAGUAUGAACUUCCUAGUAUCUACUGCUUGGGUGAACAGCCGCACGUCUAUCUCGGCAUUCUGAACGAAGACUCUUCCAGACGAUGUGCCUGGGAACAAGGUCGAACAUAUAGGUCCCUUGGGUACUCAUUUUUUAACAUUUCGCGUCCUGCUGCCAAUCGAUUUGCGGCUGUACAUGAAUUCGUCCGCAGAGGUGGAAGGAUCGUGGCCGAGGAGAUCGCUUUAAGCGGAACCAAGACCGUGACUUCUGACCUGGAUCUUCUGCGGAGACGUCUUGCCCAUGCACAUGCUACCUUUGACGAUAGUCUGGCACCGGAGAGCUUCUGGUUUUUGUACGCUCUUUCCGAUAUCUACCGUGAUGGAUCCGGCACCACCACAGUACCGAGUGCGAAGGGAUUGGAGAGCUUUCUUACAAAUGGAUAUAUGGCGCAAAGUACGAAAUGGGCGGACAUUCAUCUUCUUGCUCAAAUGCAAGCUGGACUGUACUCUUUACGAAUUCUGAAGCAGCUCCUCGAUAUCGCAGCUCCUGGUGAUGACUUGGUUGAAUCCGGCUCACUACUCGCGGAUUUACCUCCACUACACAUAAUGAUGUCGCGACAGAAGAUGAUCCAGAGCUUUGCCAACACUCGUCUUGUCCGGCAUGCGGUUCGUCAAUUGAUAGAAACGUAUGGUUAA